GAAGAAUCGUGUUGGACAACUGCUCCAAGUCAGCUUUUAACUGCCUUGUUCCACUGCCCCUUUCUCAUUUGGAUUGGUUGGUGCAUGACAAGCGAGCCAGCUGGAAGUAUCAGCUGGGAGUCCAGUGCUUCUCUCUUGCUCAUUAGGCUACACACUGAAGAGCGGGAGGAAUGGCAGGCUGGGGGCUCUUCUUCCUUUCUCUGCUUAACUACAAGACGGAGAAGUAUGUCAUCGCAGAGAACAGGAGAAUAGGAAUAUUGUUUCGACUCUAUCAGCUGGCCGUUCUGGGAUACAUUAUAGGAUGGGUGUUUGUGGUGAAGAAAGGCUACCAGGAGAAAGAAGAAGCCAUUCAGAGCUCAGUCAUCACCAAGCUUAAGGGGGUUGCGCUGACCAACAGCUCUCAGACGGGUCUUCACGUUUGGAGUGCAGAAGAUUAUGUCAUUCCACCAAAUGGCGAGCAAGUGUUUUUCAUAGUAACAAAUUACAUAGAAACACCCAACCAGAGACUGAGGUAUUGUGCUGAGAGUUUCAAGGUACCGAACGGAAGAUGUCUAAGUGAUGAUGACUGCAUGGAAGGAGAGACUGUAAUAGCAGGCCACGGAAUCAAGACCGGCCUUUGUUUCAACAGCACUGGGACCUGUGAGAUCUAUGGCUGGUGUCCAGUUGAAUACAGCAGACGCCCCAGUGAGCCUUUACUGAGAGAAGCGGAAAACUUCACUAUUUACAUCAAGAAUUUCAUCAGAUUCCCAAAGUUUGAGUUUUCCAAGUCCAAUGUUCUGGAGACCUCAGAUGAAGAUUACCUAAAGAGAUGCUCAUUCGACUCAGAGAAUCAUCCUUAUUGUCCUAUCUUUCGUUUGGGAGAUUUGGUCAGCAGGACAGGACAUGACUUCCAGGAUAUUGCUAUAAAGGGUGGGUCUGUGGGCAUCCUCAUAGAGUGGAACUGUGACUUGGAUAAGGACUACUCACAGUGCAAUCCAGAGUACAGCUUCACCCGCUUAGACAUGAACCUAAACAACUCAGUCACAUCAGGAUACAACUUCAGAUAUGCCAGGUACUUCAAAGAUCAAAAUGGCGAAACCUUCCGAACUUUGUAUAAAGUGUAUGGAAUACGCUUUGAUAUAAUAAUCAAUGGCAAGGCUGGAAAAUUCAGCAUCGUUCCAACAAUAAUUGCCAUAGGUUCUGGGAUCGCUCUGCUGGGUGCAGGAGCCUUCGCAUGUGAUAUGAUAUUACUCUACAUGAUGAACACGAGCUCCUUCUACCGUGAGAGAAAGUUUGAAAUCAUCAACUUUAAGAAGGAACGGACCAAAACCAAGGACGGAAAGGGUGGCCAUCGGGAGAGGAGAUCCAAAAAACCAUCUGAAGAGAAAGGGAUCGGCAACUCCGUUAAAGUGUCAGAGGAACGUGAAGUCGUUGGUGCAUCUUCGUCCUCCGCAGAGAUGGAGCCAUCAGUGGAGAAACGCGGGCCAACAGUUCCACGUAACGCAGGACAGAGAUACUCUGCCAUACCUCCCUCCAAUGCUGCGCAGCCAAGGCAGCACAUUACUUUCUCCUCACAAAGUUAACAUGCAUGCGAGUUUAUGAUUCGGGGAGGGGGUGUGGAGGGGGUUAUUCUACAGUAAGUGAAAACACAACCCUGACGAUUGUCCACUUCUCACUAGAAAGACAAUUGGCGUGCCAACAAAUUUAGGCGUUGGCUGGUUUGGCACAAUAUAAAUGCAGUGGUCCAAUAAAAUGUUAAUGUUCUACAGUGAUGAAAAAAAACAUACCGUAAUUUCCGAUCUAUAAGCCGCUACUUUUUUCACCCUUAAGCAAUGAUGUGGCUAAUUUAUAGAUGUUUAAGGACUAAUGAAGUUCGUAGCGCUAGCGAUUAAUGACUUUUCUGGUAGGCUACUGUGUUAUGCUAGUAGCGUAUGUCUGUCUGUGAAUGGCUGUAUGCGUAUAUGUACACGAGAGAGUCAUGUAGCAAAAGUUGAGUGCAGUUUAAGCCCUGUCAUGUUGAAGCGUGAGUUGGUUAUACAGGAGCUGUUGAAACUCUGUUUAUGUUCCGUUGUGAUCGGUGUGGCUGAUAAUAAAGACCCCCAACUUC